AUGGUAUCAAUAGAUUCAACUCGACGUACAAGUCUCGAUUUUAAAGCCCUGAAUUCAUAUGAAGAUGGAGUGCAGCCUACAAUUAAUCCUACAAUAAAUCCAGAAGAAGAUAAGCCGCCUGAGCAACAAUCUAAAGUUAUAGCCCUAAAAAAGAAAGCUUUAUUUAUUUUAGAUCAUUGGUGUACAACUGUUUUUAUGAUGGUUUUAACAAUCUAUGCAUUAUUCGGCGACAGUUUUCGGACCAUUCUCACAUCAAAAGAUACAGACGAGGUUUUUUACAUUUUGACUAUCAUUUGUAUGGGUUUUUUUUCAAUAGAAAUUAUUGUAGCGUCUUUUGUAAAAGAAGGGUAUUGACUGUCUUUUUUCUUUUGGCUUGACGUUAUUUCGACCAUAUCUUUAAUCACUGAUAUUGGCUGGGCAUGGGACGAAAUGACAGGGCAAGAUUCAACAAAUAAAGCGUCAAGCAAAUCAAGUCAUUUUACUAAAGCAAGUAGAGCUUCAAGGGCUGGUACAAGAGCAGCAAGAAUUGUGAGGCUUGUUAGGGUUAUUAGGCUGGUUAGAAUUACAAAGCUGUAUAAAUUGUCGCAGGCAGCUAAAGAAAAACUGUUAAAAAAGGAUGAAAUUCUGCUAAAAAGGGCUAGAGUUGCGUAUCGAGGAAAUGAAGAUCCAAUUGGAGAAGUAGAAGUAUACAGAAUUAAGCUUUAAAAAUAAAUAUUUAAAAUUAAUAAUAAUUGGGAAGCAUUCUUAUAAUAUAGGUAUAAUUGAAUCAGAUCUUGGCAUAAACGAAGAAUCAGAGCUAAAUUCUAUGUCUCAGAAUUUUUCUAUGUCAGAUGGUGCUACCAGCUCUAAGCGAGAUUAGAUUAGACUAAAAUUAUAGGGGUCAUAGAAUUAUUUCAGCUUCAUGGGUUGGUGACAUUAAGCAUAAGUCUUAACGGUCAAAAAUGAUAGCAUCAAACAGUCUUCGAGGAGACUUAUCUGUCAGGUCUUGAUUUUUGGCCAGCGCGCAAGGACUGUAUACUGUCAGAAAGGGCUAAUAUAUUGCUUAAUAUCCCCGAAUCUCCUUCUUAGCCUGCCUAAUCCCUAUAAAAGACUAAAACUGCUUACCAAAAGUAGAGUAUCUCUCCUCAAUCUUUAGUCUAUGUAUCAUAGAAAGAAUUCCUAGUCCAUCUCCACCUUCAUCAGGUCGACUCGUAGGCAAUCGAGUACCUAGCUCUAUAUCCAUUUUAAUAACUCUACUAAGCGAAGAAGCACAAGAAAAUCUUCAUUAGCCCUAAAAUCCACCCUAAAAGACAAGGCACUUGAUGUCCCAAAAGAGAGCAGGGUGGGUAAAAAACUGUCAGAUUUGACUACAAAAAGAGUAAUUUCAAUAUCAUUAGUAAUGGUGAUAUUUUUACCAUUAUUUGAUAGCACACUAUAUUAUGAUACAAAUGUUUCCUAUAGUUAUGGACUAAAUGCCAUGUUGGAAGAAAUUCCAGACCAAGCAGCUCUUAAUAGAGCUGGAGAUUAUUUCAUAAAAGAGCAUAAAGAUAUUGACACACCAAUUAUUUAUGUGCAUGUCGAUCUGUACUAUGACUGAAGCUCAGACACAAAUCCAAGUGAUUUAAGACCAGAUGAACUAGGGGUCUAUGCGACCACAAAAGACUAUUUAAAUACCACCUAUAAUGCAGCUUCUAUGUUUGAUUUGAGAUGAAAAACGAAAAAACAGUCAGCUUUAGAUAUUGGGCUCACUUUAUUUGUUUGUUUUGUGCUGACGCUGUUUUCGCUUUUAUUUUCUAAAGAUACGCAGGAUUUGAUUAUAGGGCCACUAGAGUCAAUGAUUUAUAAGGUUUCGAAAAUUUCGGAAAACCCUGUAAAAGCUGCACAAGAGCAGGAAAUCGAAGAAGUCACCAGAAAUAUGGCACUAACCUUUCUCAUUAUUUUUUUUUAUUAUAAAUGAAUUUUUUUUAACUAUUAUUUUAAUAUUAAUUUAUUAUUUAUUAAUUAGAUUAGAUUAGAUUAACGCUAGGUAUUUAAGGUCCCCAUUACGUCCGAGGAAGCAUUCUACGGUUUCCGUAUGGUGGCAGAGCGUUUACCAAGCCCGGGCCGAAACCCCCGGUUUCUCGGUAGAGGCAUUGUCAAGGGCCGUCUCAUACCGGCUUUGCUGACCGCCUCCAUUUCCAACUUGGAUCGUCGCCUAAGUUUACGCCAACACUGCCGCGUCGUCCGCCAGAUCUGCCCAUUGAAGGGCACCUUUUCAACUGGAGAGACCCCCGUUUAGUUGUCUAACUCGCCUUCCCCUCUUUUCCGGUCAUCCCGAGAAAGAACUCAACAGCUUUCGCCAUUCGGGGCGAGGCACAAAGCAGCUUAGGCAGGUAAGUCGCCCUGCCUCAUUUCGGGCACUCACUGGGCUGAGCGCUGCUGGCAAAAAGAAGUCACGAGUAACUGCCCAUGGGUCUGGUCACAAAAGCAGCGGCUUUUGCGCUUAGGCCUCUCGCUUCGAGGUCCCAGACAUUGUUGGGCUAACUCCUGGCUCCAAAAACUAUGCCCGGAUAUACAUGGGUAAACCACCACUGAGAGGGUGGGUCGGUCGCCGUCCGCCAUUUUAUGUAUAUAUAUUAUUUAUUAAUAAAAAUUUCCAAAAUUCAUAGAGAGUAACUCAAAGUGCCUUGCUUAAACAAAAAAAAGACAAAAAUGCUCCUCUGGAAACCAAAGUUUUAGAAGAAACUCUUGUUAAAAUCGGCGCUUUACUUGCUUUAGGCUUCGGAGAAGCAGGCUCCGAAGUUAUCGCAAAAAAUGUAAAUAGAAGUGGUGGAGAGGUCGAUCCAUUAAUUCCAGGUAAAAAACGGUUCUGCAUCUUUGGCUUUUGUGACAUUCGUCAGUUUUCUGACGUAACUGAGGUCUUACAGAAAGAUGUCAUGAUUUUUGUCAAUGAAAUUGCCAAAAUAGUACAUUCCACAGUGAAUUAUUAUUCUGGGUCAGCCAAUAAAAAUAUAGGUGAAGCAUUUUUAAUUGUUUGAAAAUUUGGAAGAGAGUCGGUCUUAGAAGAUUUUUUGACUGGGGAAGUGAGGCUGAUUGACAAUCACCAUACCAAUGAUUUGGCUGAUUUAUCUGUAAUUGCUUAUUCUCAUUUAUUAUAACAAAAUUUAGGUAUCUGAUAAAAAAAAGUCAAAUUUUAUAAAAAGCAGGGGUGGCGAUUGGGCAGAAUAGUUAAAUUAAUUUUAAAAAAAAAUAUUUAAAAACAAUUGCAGCCAUAAAUAAAAGUCCAAAAACCCUUGCAUAUCAAAAUCAUCCUGAAUUAAUUGCUAAACUGCCAGGAUUCUCUAUAAAAAUGGGAUUCGGUCUUCAUCAAGGAUGGGCAAUUGAAGGAGCCAUUGGCAGUGAGUUUAAAAUUGAUGCUUCUUAUUUGUCGCCAAAUGUGAAUAUGGCAUCCAGAUUAGAAGCUGCAACCAGGCAAUUUGGUGUCCAUAUUUUAUCUUUAUUUAUUUAAAUAAAAUAUUUCCCAUAUAUUAAUAAUUAAUAACUCUUAUUCAUAAAAUCCAGCAUAAUAAGCGACGCUUUAUAUAAAAUUUGUUCUCACCAAGCCAGGAAAAAUUUCAGAAAAAUUGACAAAGUGACAGUCAAAGGCAGUAAAGUCCCAAUUGAGCUUUAUACAGUAGACCUAGACUUAGCAGGACUUGAAUUGUCUACUGAGGCUGACGAUGAGUUUGCUGACUUAAAACAGGCAAGAGCGUAUGCAUAUCUAAAGAGGGAAAAGCUUAAUGACGCUAUAAAGAAUAAAAACUAUAGGGCGCAUAGGCUAUUUUUGGACGAUAAAGAUCUUAGGAAUAUGAAAAAAACAAUUUCCAAGAAUUUCCAGCAUUUAUUUUCGUUAGCCCUUGAAGACUACUUAAAAGGAAAUUGGCUGGAAGCUCAAAUUGGGUUCGCAAAAGCUCUGGCUCAUAAAAAUGGCAAGGAUGGCCCUACUGAAGUGAUACUUGAAUUUAUGAAAGAAUACGAUUAUAAUGCACCAAAAGAUUGGCCUGGCUAUCGUAUAUUGCAUGAUAAAUAA